UGAUAUUUGAUCUAAAUUAAAUUGAAUGGUGUCAAAUUGUUGUUGAAUUACGUAAUUAAAGCACCUGAUUACCCAGAGCAUCAUGGGUGAUUCAUAGCGGUAAAAAAAAAAGUGAGCUAGCUUUUCUGGCUGGACGUCACUGAAUGACACAGUGUUCAGAGGAGGGAGGAGGGCGUUUUCCUCCUCCCUUCUUCGCUGCUGCUGCAGAUCGAUGUGACGGUGCUUGUACCUGAGGACUGAACCUUACCUGUGGAUCCUCUCGCAGCAGCAGCACCAUGGGGAUCUCCACGUCCAGUCUGCUGGAUGAGACCAAAUCCAACUACAUCAAAGGCCAGGCCGAGGCCGAGCUGAAGGAGUUCAGUCCGUACUACAGGAAGCAGUUUUCUGUGGCUCGUUUCUCUCAAGUAGAAGAUGACCUAGGGCAGCACAAGGAGAAGAUCACGCAGCUGCUCCAACAGAGGGGCGCUCCUGAGGGGGGCGAGGUGCUGUAUGAGGAAGGUGUCCUUUUCUUCGAUGACACCAGGAAGUGGAAGGAGAGGUACGUGGUGGUGAGAGCCAACUACUGCCUGGAGUGUCACGAUGGCCUGGAGACCUUUGUUAAAGGGAUUGCGCCGCGCCAGAAGCUGCUGCCUACAGGGGGCACUGUUCUGACUACAGAGGAGAAGUACAUGGCCAUGGUGGACACGUGCUUCCCUGAUGACAGCAAUGUGAAGGAGGACUUUGCUCCUCCUCUGUCGGGGAUGCCUGGACAGUUUCCCGUUUACCUGCGUCUGCCGUACCGGAGAGACUCGUACUUCUGCUUCAAACAGCAGGCCAAACAAGCCGCCUUCAUCACCAUCCUGACAGACUGCAUCAGACACCAGAACCAAGACUUCCUGAAGAAGAAGACGUGUGAAGUGCAGGCCUUCCUCAAAGCCAUCCAGCUCUACAGACAGGACAAAGACAAAUACGAGUCCUGGGACAUGCUGAUAGGAAGUGAUGUCAGGGUGAUGGCCAACGUGGUGAUGGAGCAGCUGCUGCCGUCUCUUGAGAAAGACUUGCUGCCUCGUCUCAAAGCCAAGAAGACGGAGAGGAAGAGAGUGUGGUUUGCUACGGUGGAGGCGGCGUACAUCCUGAUCCAGGAGCAUCUGUUGGAGGGACUUUCCGCACUGAAGGAGGAAUGUCGAACGUCUGUCCGACAGCAGGAGGUGCUCCUCCACUCCGACAUGGACCAGAUCCUCAGCUCCAGACUGCAGCUGGAGGAAAAAGUCAGAGCCAAAGUAUCGGAGCCAGCAGAGAAGCUGUGCUGCGAGUCCGUCCAGCCGUACCUGGGCUCAGUCCUGGAGGAGCUGAUGGAGCCGGUCAGCUCUGGUUUCCAGGAGGGACGGCAGCUGAGUGAAAACAUGAUGGACCAGGUGUGUCAGGACGUCCUGAUGGUGGUGGACAACGAGCAGCUGAAGAAGGCUCUUGCUAACAUGGCGAGACCGAACCUGCUGAGCUGCUACCAGAAGAUCGGCUCUCUGCAGGAGAAACUGCAGCACCUGCAGGAGAGAUUUGGGUUUUCCAACAUUAAAGGAGUGAUCCACAGCGCUCAGAUCGACCUGCAGCAGCUGAAUGAGAAUGCAUCCUACACGUUUGAGCAGCUGCUCCACAAAGCCGUCCAAGACAACCCUGACAACCCCGGCUCUGCCAUCGAGAAGGCCAAACACAGAGUGCUGAAGCAAUAUGACUAUGACAGCAGCACAGUGAGGAAGCGGAUCUCCAGGGAGGCUCUCGUCGCCAUCACUCUGCCCUUCAUCAAGAAGAACCUGGCUCCCACCUGCAAAACUGAGCUUCAGAGUGUGGAGCAGUUCAUCUACGCCGACCACUCCGACUUCAUCCAUGUCGAGAACGUUUAUGAGAGCGUCCUCCUGCAAACUCUGGACAAGGAGGUCACCAAAGUGGUGAAGGAGGCUGCGAGCCUGAAGAAGUACAACCUGUUUACAGACAGCAGAGACCUGCUCAGUCAGUCCAGCCGCUCCAGCCUCUCCUCCCCAUCCGCCUCCACUCCAAACAGCCCCGCCAUGGGGCUCGCCUCCCCCUCCAAAACCUCCUCUGAGCCCCAGCCCGCUUCUCCUCUCGCGGUCAGCGGUCUGUUGUCAAGCCCCCAGAAGGAAGAGAAGCUGGAGAACAGCGUGCUGCGUAGCGAAGCCUCGACGGACGCGGCCGUCAUUGAGACACCUCUGGGGAAGGUCGAAGAAAUAGAUGCAGCUCAGAGUGUCGCUGUCAGUGAGGAGGCAACGCCACCCGAAGCAGAAGAAGUCGUCCAAACUGUGAAAGCAGAAGCGAGCACCCCUGUUGCACUGGAGACUCCAGCUGUAGCAGAUACAACCAACCAGAGUGAGACGCAGGAAGCGAAUGUAGAAGCAGCUCCAGAGACUGAGAUCCAGGAAGAUGUGUUUUCUGUCGAAACUGAAGCAGUCGAUGCGGCUGCUGAGCCGCAGAGCACAGACGCUCCGAAAGAGGCAGAAAUCAUUUUGUCAGAAAUCCCCACUGUUGUAGAAAGCAUAAAGACAGACGCAGCAGCAGCAGCACAGAUAGAAGCUCCUGUACCAAGUUCUGAUCCUACUAAUGAACCAGAAAACGCUUCUGCAGAAGGUGCUGGUUCCCAAACUGUGGCCAGCAGUGAAGAAGAGACACACUGUGGAAGCUCAGAAAUCAAGUUAGAGGCUCCCUCUAGUGGUCUACUGCCUGCAAUCACAUUUGAAGACAUCAGUUUGGACAUGAAGAGACAGGAAGCAGAGCCAGGGAAUGUCUCAAACGCUAAUUCUAUGAACGUGUCAGUGGGAAGUGAGUCGGCCCCGUCGGAUGUGGAGUCCAUGGAGGAAGAAAAAACUACGCAACGCAGCGAGGACGAAGUCUCAACGACCUCUGACGUCCUGGAGGACGAGGCUGACAUCAGUACGUCUCCCGUGAGCUCAGACGAUCACGCUCAGGACAAAACCUUGGUCAACGAGACGUUCCCCGAGGCCCAGACAGAAGCUGUGAGCGGGGACGUAGAGGCAGGUGCCAGCAUGGUGGAGGCAGAAGAUGCUCCAACCUCUCAGUGUCCUGAGCCCGCCCAAAAAGAAACCUCCUCCAGCCCUGACGCUCAGCCCGUUGGCUGCAUCAGGGAGAUCCGUGACCUGGUGUCGGAAGUGAUCGAGGUGGAGGAGCUGAUGAAGCUUUACCCCAGUGGAGUUCCAAAAGAGGAGGAAUGAAGCAUCGCAACUGCAUUACUGUGCUUUCAGCAAGACGAGGGACAAAAUGAUGAAGUGUGUUCUGCUGGUGAAACUGAUUAUUACCUGAAUUAUUACUGAACGGUAGCCUGAAACUGUCCUGGAGUCAAAACAUUUGUUCUCAGCAGAAACAGGAAAAGAAACAUUCACAAAAGCUUCCAUGAACUUAAAAAAAAAAACGCUUAUGCAUGACAUUAUGGUAAAUUAUUUAUACAAAUCAAUAUAAUCCGCUGUGUCAGGUGUAUAAAAC